GGCGGCGGCGGGAUGCGGCGGACGGGACGGUCGCCGUCGGGGCCCGGCUCGCCGGGCUGCCCCGACCUGCUGCGGCACGUGGGCGGCCCGCGGUCGCCGCUCUCGCCGCUCUUCCUCAGUUUCUUCGAGGAGGAGUGCCGCGCCAUCGCCAACCGCCUGCGCCUCGCCGCCGCUGCCGCCGGGGGGCCGGGCCUUUCCCCGGGGCCCGGCGGGGAGGGUGCGCCGUGGCUGGAGGCGGGGCCGGUCAUUUCCACGCUGCUGCCGGGGAAUGGCGUGGCCGGAGCUGGUGCCCCCGGCCCGGCUGCGGCCCCCCGUGGCCUCCCGCGGCCAGCGGGGGCCUCCACGGGUGCGGAGCCCCCGCGGGCCGCCGAGGGUCCCGGUGCGCCGGGGAGCAGGCUGCCCGCGCUGCCAGCCGCCGCCGUCGAGGCCGGGGGUCCCGGCCGGCCCUCUCGGAGGCUUUCUACAGCGAUUCCCGUCGCGGCUUCUCGCUCCCGGCUGCGACUGCCAGGAAAAGUGGCUUCCCCCAAGCGCUUUUGCCUGGGCUCGGCCCCUCGGCAGCUGGCCCGCGACGCGACCCGAAGGCCGAAGGCUGACGGCGGCAGCGAGGGACGGCAGGCUGCGGCGCGGGCUGCCCCGGGGGCCCGUGAGCAGCACGGCUGCGGGGAUGCGGCUGCUGCUGAGCAGCCCGCAGGUGCUCGGCUGUGCCAGGAGCUGGAGCGUGUUCAGAGUGAGCUGGAGCGAGUGAAGAGCGAGCUCGCUGCGAGAGUGGCCCAGUGCGAAGCCUAUCGGCGCACCAUCUCCCGCCUGCGGGCUCAGCUCCGAGCAGCAGGAGCGUGGCCCCAAGGUGCGCCGGGGGACGGGACCGGUGUCUCAGGAAGGGACUGACCGCAGCGGCUUGUCCAGGCACCCGAGCGAGCUGCUGUGCACUGGCAGCAUUUGCAGAGCUGCUGAGCGAAUGGAACUUUUUAACUCCUUAUAUACAAAAUAAAGGUCUCUCUUUGCA